AUGACUUGGUCGGUAAGCAAUUGUUUCAUUAGUCUGGUAGUACUGUUCCUUUGGCAGGUCGAUGAAAUCGCAGAAACUUGCACUUGCAUGAUUAUGCUGCAUCCUCAACAGGCUUUUUGCAAUGCAGACGUCGGUAAGGCAAUUUUGGCAACAUUUCUUCUGGAGUUUCUCUUCACAUGUCGAUAGGCUGCGUACUACACUAUCAAUGCGCAUCAUGCAGAAAUGUUACGAAUGUUGUGGUCUUUGUAAUGUUAGCCUUUUUAGGACAUGAUCAUUAGGCCUAUAUUUACAUCUUCUCACAAGUAGUUACAUUAAGUCAGCAUUAACAGUAAAAUGGGCUACACCUGGAGUUUAUUCAUUACAGAUCUAACGAAACGGAGGGACCUACCUGAAUUUGUCCAAUAGAAACACUUGUUUACUUUUUCAGUUUGGAGUAAAUGGAAUUGGCGUAAUGAUUAAACCCCAGGUGUUAUAUUUUUCUCUAGGCCAGGUAUGGGCAACUCCAGUCCUCGCUCCUGAUUGCUGUCACUUUUGCCCCUGUUAACACACCUGACUCCAACAAUCAACUAAUCAUGACCUUCAGUUUAGAAUGCAAUGAGUUAAAUCAGCUGUGUUUGCUAGGGAUUGGUGUUAAAUGACCACUCACGCCCCCGAGGACUAGAGUUUCCCCAUCCCUGCUCUAUGCCUACAGAAUACUUAUUUGUCCAGAAGCUAAAUUAGUGUAUGUUGUGUGUGUGUGUAUAUAUAUGUGUUAAAAGUUAAUAUUUUCUUAUAUUUAACCUAAAGCACUGUUGUACUGUUUUUGUUUCAAAGCAAAUGUUCAAUUCAACAUGACUUCACAUACUUGACAUUUUACAGAGAACCCAUCAAAAUGACUAGGCCUACAUGGCAAAUGGGACUAGGCUACAUGUCUCAGCUAUUAUGUCACUGAUCUGUAAGAUGUACUCUCACUCAUUCAGGGUUUGGCUCAGUUUAUCAUGCGGCUAGGUUGGUUAACGGUUCUUCAUUCUACUAAGAGAUAUUUCCAUGCUUUUGUCUCGAGUUGAUAGCAGUGUUACCAGCACUUUACCAACUGCUUGAGUACAGGCACCUCUUAUAGGAUAGGUUAGUCCCUGUAAAACAUGAAUACCGGCAUUGUGAAAUUAAGAUGUACGCGCAGUCUGUCCUGUGCAGUAUGCUAAGGGCGGUUGAGUGUCUUGGACAGAACCCCGUCACGAGUGGCUAUACUUGACCUUUCAGAUCAAUUUAGGCCUACCUUGAAUCAGAUUACUGGUUCAGUUAGUGAAGAGGUGAAAUGACAUGCAACACAUUAUUCCCUGGGGACAGUUCCUGUUGAGUUUAUGGACAACCGUUUUAAGCGAAGAGAUGUCCUUCUUGGUAUAUUCUCCAAAAUGAUUGAGGGACACAUUGCGAGACAUGAGAAUGAUUGCUUUGGCUUUGCUGCUGAGGGCGUGAGCUCUGUUGGUAGAGCAUGGCGCUAAAGCCUGUGACAUCUUGGGUCUGUAAAGGAUUCCAUGUACUCUCAGAUCCCACAACACCCUGACUCCAUCAGUGUCUAACUGACCAGUAUACUGAAUGGAUUAUUUCAGUGGAGUUAAACCAUAUUUCUCUCUUCUAGUGAUCAUGGCAAAGGUGGUUGGAGUGAAUGUUGGGUCUAACACCAAGUAUGACAUCCAACAGAUCAAGGUAUGAUCAGCCUUUUUAUUAAGUGGUUGUUCCUUCCUGCACUGAAACAUUGAAGCCCCCUGAACCCCAGUCUGACAGCUAGUCCCAAUUCACUCCCGUCCCCCUUAGCUUCAAUGUUUGCAGAUAUUAAGGAUCUGGAUAAGUAUAAGCUGUGGUGCUUCCACCAUAUGAAAAAAAAAAAAAGGUUAACUUCUAUAGAAAUGCCUCUUGAUUUAAAUAGUAUAAAUUGUAUUAUUCAGUCGCUGUUCCAACUGGCCCUUGACUAUGGCAACAUCCUCUAUAUGAACUCUGCUCCCGCUUCAUUACAUUCUCUACCAGAAAGUUGGUUGGCCCUCUGUCACAGGUUGAUACAUUGCUAUGUUUUCAUUUAUAAAGCCCUUUUUUAAAAAUUCCCACUGUUCCUUACAUCAUUACUAAGACAUGAGUUAGCCAUCCCUGAGACUGGGUGUGGUAACUGGAAAUUCCUUUUGUCUCUACGGAGUUAGGUAAACCAGCUUUAAGUAUUUAUUUUUUUUGCACCUGAAUUUGUGAAACCAUCUUCCAAAUGUUCAAAUAUUUGUUUUGGUGACUCUCGGACAAUUCAGAAAGCUAUUUAUUUUAUUUUGAUGACCGUGUUCUUUCUGCUUGCAUUUUUGUUUUUUGAUAUGUUUCUGUAAUUCAGGGCUCCUCUGUAAAAGUGACCCUGGUUAAAUAAAAAAUGAUUGCUUGCAGAUCUGCAAACAUCAAAGGCUUAGUGCUGAGGGGAUGGGGUAUAGAGUGGGAAUUAGGAAAGACUGACAGUGCCUGAGAGCUGCAGUCAGUGCGGUUCAAAACUGUUUGACAGAUCCUUCUUUCUCUCGUGAUUGGCUAGAUGUUCAAAGGUCCUGACCGGGUUAUCCACGCCAUCUUCACUGCAUCCUCCCCAGCCGCAUGCGGCGUGACUCUGGAAACCAACAAGGAGUAUCUCUUCAUAGGUGCGGUUCUCACUACGUUACCCAAGUUCCAUUGACAGCACUGGUUAACCCUAUCAGUCCUGAGACCCCAGCAAAAAUCUACUUUUCAUUUAUCUGCAUGUCCAGCCCUUACAUUUAGCCUCGCUGAAGUGUUUUUUAUUUUCUUUUUAGGACAACCAGGGCUACAAGUGAAACGCAAAACAAUUUGACAUAAACCGUUGCAUUCAUGAGUUUUAUUGACCAAUGUAAAGAAAUAUUAGGUCCGCCAAAGCAAAAACCUGAUAAAAAUGAAUGUCAAUGCUGUAAGUACAGAAAUGUUUUGCUCAGUUGGAAAUUGAUAUCCAACUAGUCGGUGACAACUGUUUAGUGUUUGUGACAACUAUGUAAGCGUAUUACAUUACUGAAGACACUAUGUCCUUGGAUUUCAUAUGAUGUAUGUAGAAGAACAUACACAACUUGUGUAGCUUGUGCGCGUCAGAGCAAAAUAUGUUAGGUUUGUGUGUUAGCGUUUCAUAAAUGGCUUUUAAUAGUGACUCUACAGACGUAUUUGUAAAAGACCCUGCCCUUGGCCCCUUUGGGAUCUGCCCUGGUCUCACAAACCCCUCUCUACCUCAGCCCCCAUUAAUCACAAACUAAUGGUUGGUACCAGCGGAUGCAGUAGACAUGGACUAAUCCAAUGUUACAACCCAGAAGUGUGUAUCUCAAACACACUGUUUUAAAAGGGAUUAGAAGUCCAAAAACUGACAUUCACUUGGACUCAUUGGGUUAAACUGCUUAAAAUGCUUACAGCAUCAUGGCCUGCUCUAAACUAUUGACUUCACCUUGUAUAAGAAAACAAGUGCCUUAGAAACAAUACAUUCUCUGUACAUCUUCAAGUUACACUUUAUAAAAAUGUACAAAUGCUUACACGUUUACAAUUCAUUAAAUGAUUAUGAAACAAUGUUUAUAAUGCUUAUACAGUGUCUAUAGGAAGUCUACACCCCCUUUCAAAGUGUUCACCUUUUGAUGCCUUAUAGCAGGGGUGUAAAAGUAAUUCCAUGGAGAUUUGAGUGUCUGCAGGUUUUUCCUUUCAAUUAAGACCUAGACAACCAGGUGAGGAGUUCCUUACUAAUUAGCUGUGGUGGAAAAAGUACCCAAUUUUCAUACUUGAGUAAAAGUAAAGAUACCUUAAUAGAAAAUGACUCAAGUAAAAGUCACCCAGUAAAAUACUAGAUUUAAAAGUAUUUGGUUUUAAAUAUACUUAAGUAUAAACCAUUUCAAACUCUUUAUUAAACAAACCAGACAGCACCAUUUUCUUUUUUAUUACUUACAGAUAGCCAGGGGCACACCAACACAGCAUGUAUACUACAUGACCAAGUAUAUGGACACCUGCUCGCGUAACAUCUGUUGUGGAAAUUCUAACCAAUAAGGAGAGACUUUGUUAUUUCUUCAAAAUGAUAAUACUUUUAUCGAUUUUAGUUAUUGCAAAAACUCACUAUCUCCUGUCUGUAGGCAAGCUGGUGACUGGAAGGAUGUAUGCAACACAGUGUGGCUAUAAUAUGCCCUGGGAAGACUUGAGUGCCACGCAAAAGAAGUGCUUGACUCGCCGCUACCAAAGCGGCUGCAAUUGCAAGGUGUUUGUGUGAUGGGAAUUAUAGUGAUAUUACUGUACACCAAUAUUUAUACAGUACUUUUUCUAAAAGGAAGUAUACUACUCUGGUCACAUUGGUAAAACGCAUCAGCUCGAGUAUUGGGAUAAUGAUCUGUCAGUGAUCUUGGUCUUCUGUCUCUCUGCUCCAAUCCACAGAUCAUCCGCUGCACUUCCCUCCCCUGUCCGAUCAGCACCCCAGAGGAGUGCCUGUGGAUGGACUUGGGGACUGACAAUGGCCAAAACCUUGCCUGUAUCAAGAGGAGAGAUGGGUCCUGUGCCUGGAAGUAG